AUGAGGUUGUUUUUAAAACACCAAUUUAUCCAGAAAUAUUUGUCGUGUCAACAAAUAAGUCGAAAUUUAAAAACAUGGAAAAAACCAGAUGGGUUUCCUACUGAAAUUGUUGUUUAUAAUCCAAUAAACAAACAAAAAGUUCCGUUAAUACUAAAAAAUGAUAAAAUCGCUACAUGGUACAUGUGUGGACCGACAGUUUAUGAUACUGCACACAUCGGUCAUGCUUGUUGUUACAUGAGAUUCGAUAUUAUAAGACGAGUACUGGAAAAUUUUUUUGAUAUUAAAGUUAUUGCAGUCAUGGGUAUUACUGACAUCGAUGAUAAAAUAAUAAAUCGAUCAAAAGGAUCAUCGCAAUUUUUAGAUUGGAAAGAACUAGCUAAAUUUUAUGAGCAAGAAUUUUACCAACAAAUGUUAUUAUUGAAUAUAAAACCACCGUAUUUAUAUUGUAGAGUAUCGGAUUAUAUCUCACAAAUUAUUCAAUUUAUUAAUAAAAUUAUGUCUUUAAAUUUAGCUUACAUUGCUAAAGAUGGAUCAGUGUAUUUUGACUUACAAAAAUAUGAUAAUCAUGGAAAAUUCGGACGUCAAUUCGAACACGAAUCACACCCGAUUAAAAAAUCAAGCCUUGAUUUUGCUCUAUGGAAAUCAGUAAAGCCUGGUGAGCCUUCUUGGGAAAGUCCUUGGGGACCAGGUAGGCCAGGUUGGCAUAUUGAAUGCAGUACGAUGGGCAGCACAACUUUGGGAAGUAAUAUUGAUAUUCACAGUGGUGGCCACGAUUUAAUAUUUCCUCACCAUGAGAAUGAAGAAACGCAGUCUUGUUGUCAUCAUGGAACAGACCAGUGGGUCAAUUAUUGGCUACACAGUGGACUUUUACAGUUUAAAAAUGAAAAAAUGUCAAAAAGUUUACAAAAUACAAAAAGCAUCAAUGAGUUACUUGAAGAAUAUACGGCGAAUCAGUUUAGAUUAUUAUGUCUGAUAACCCACUAUCGAUCGGCGAUAGAAUUCUCUGAUCUUACCAUGCAUAAAGCAGUUGCUCUGUUAAAAAAAUUUGAAUUUUUCCUUAAUGAUUGUCGGAAUUAUACAGCUGGGAAAAUAACUAGUAAAAAUAUUGAUGAGUCUCUCGUUUAUAGUACAUUAAAUACAACUAGAAAAAAUGCUCAAGAACAUUUAGCCAAUGAUUUUUCUACUUCGCCAGUUAUCGCUGAAUUAUCAGAUUUAGUUGAUCUUGUAAAUAAAAUGUUGAAUCCUAUUCAGAUAGUUGAAAAUAAUAUAGAAAUCAAAAACUCUCCAUGUAUUGCCGCAGUAUCAGUAUAUGUCGUUGAGACUUUAUCAAACUUAGGGAUUUCUGCAUCAGUUGAAAAUGAUGCUGAUCAUAAUAAAAUUAGUGAUAUAGUUGAGACAUUAGUUAAAUUUAGGACUGUUGUACGAAAUAAAUCGCUCAACCAGAGCCCCAAAGAUGUAGAGUUAUUAAAUGUAUGCGAUGAAGUGAGAAAAGAGAUUGCUGCUCAUGGUGUCAAAAUAAAGGAUUUCAAACAAACUUCUACUUGGACUUUUGUGAAAGAUCAAUGUAACAAAAUGUAA